AGUACACAGUAAUAUCACCGUUCUGGGGCGCUAUUCAGUGUAAACGCCUGUCAAUACUAAGAGGAAUAGUACGACACUCCGUCGAAGCAUGCCGAGACGCAAACAAGAUCGGCCGAAGAGGAUGAAAUGGGAAGAUGGAGAUGGCGGGAAAAUGGAGGUAGCUGGAGAUGAUAGUUCCUCCUCCGGAUGUGAUGUAGCUGAAGGGCACGACACUGACGAGGAUCUCAUCAAACAAACAGUCAUAGGGAGCCAGUCCACGCACACCACUGACGUCACUCUUCCUCCCAUACAGGCAGGCCGGAACACUCCUAAUGAGCUUAGUCAUAGCGAAACCAAUAUUGGUGCACACUCGUCCACAAUAAGAAAUCUAGAUUGCACUCCGCCAUUGACUAGUGACGGAAUCUCUUUGGAGACUGAGCCAAUGGCAGAAGACGGACCGAUUGACUUUAGUCUCCGAAAUCAUAACCAAUAUCAUACUUUACCUUCAAAUUUAUCUCCUGGCCUCCCAAUCAAUGGAGUUUCCUCUGGGUCACAGAAUGAACCCCUUGAUCUCUCCGUCCCUAAUAGGAGAAAGAGCACAGAAAACUGUGUAAGAGAAAUUAAAUUGGCUCGUGUAGAAACUCUCUCCCCAGUAUCCCCUUCAGCGUGGAGUUACUCGCCGAGGAGAACAUCUUCAGAAGUUAUAACUUGGAAUGGAAAGAUGUCAUCUUUAGAAAGUUCAAAAAAUUUAGGAAUUAGUUCUGCAACAUCUUACAGUCAACUAUCCAAUUCUUUGCAACAAAAAACAACUGCUCAAAACCAGUUACUUAGUUCGAGCCUCGUUACUUCCAAUAUGGUUACUGCUCUUGACAAAAUGAAUACGUUGUCUCACACAGUAACCAAAACGCAAGGGUACAGAACAGGAAGUAGGCAGAAUCCCUGGCAGAACCAGUGGAUUAAUAAAAGUGGGGAACAAGCAAAAGACGUCUUCACUUGUGUUUGGUGUAAGGAAUCUUUCAAAAGUCUGGCUGAUAUGACAAUCCAUAUGCAGCAGAGUCCUAAGUGUGGUAUGGCAGGGAUGCAAUCAUCUGUUCCAUCAUCGUCCACGAACACCAACGUCCUUUCAGAGUCUUCACCUUCAGUUUCCAAAUGCUCAACAUCUAACAGUGGCAGUAACAUGUUAAUGAAAGAAAGUGUACCACUUCCACGAAAACUGGUAAGAGGACAAGAUGUUUGGUUAGGUAAAGGAGCGGAACAAACUCGUCAGAUUUUGAAGUGUAUGUGGUGUGGACAGUCUUUCAAGACAUUGGCAGAUAUGACCAAUCAUAUGCGCGUUACUCAGCACUAUAAUAAUAUCAUUAGUCAAGAACAAAUCAUAUCCUGGAAAGUACCAGUUGAUAAGAUGACUUCACAGUCACAGAUAAAUGCCGUCUUGACUUGUAAAGUUUGCAACCAGGUGUUUGGUAGUCUUAAAGAACUCAGUUAUCAUAUGAUGAAGAAUGCUCAUUACAAGGAACAUAUCUUACGUUCCAUCACUGAAAGUGGUGGAAGACGCAGGCAAACUAGAGAGAGAAGGAAAAAAUCCUUACCUGUUAGAAAACUUCUUGAGUUAGAAAGAAUGGAAAUGAGUAAAUUAAGUGUAUCAAAAGAACGAACUGAGCGAUCCAUGUCCAAAAGUGAAAACGUUGGUGGCAAGAUUACGUGUGAAGAAUGUGCUGAGAAAGUAGAAGCCAAAGAUUUUGUAACACAUAUAAAAAAUUGUACUCAGAACCCCAAAUCUCAAUAUAUUCUGAAAAAUACUCUUAUUGCAGAGUCGUUUGAGAAUGGUAUGCAAAAAGAAUCCAAAUCGGAAUGUGUUGUAAAAACUGAGCCAGAUGAAGGUACACCUAAAGCUAGAAAGUCAAAAGUAACUGAAUCGCCAACAUCUGAAAAGUCUAGACAAGAAUUUUCUAAAGAACGAGCUCUUGAAGUUCCCUCAACUGACGGAAUGGAUAAAGGAAAUGAGGCUACAUCCGUUUUAAGUGCAAUUGAGAAACUGAUAGAAAAAAGUUUCGAAAAUAGAAGUAAAAGUGGCAAAAAUGGUUCUACAGGAAUUUUGCAAAGAUUGGGCAUUGAUGAGGAAGUCUAUCCUCCAUGGCAUCCUCCCGGAAAAAAUGAACACAGCUCGACAACUAAGGCUCGAGCGUCAACCAUGGGAAGUUCUUCAACUGGUUAUACAGUCAAGAAUAUGAUUAACAUAAAAGAUGGUUGUCUCAGAUCGCAGUGUAUUCCUGGUUUUAACGUUAUAAAUAAUAACUUGCGAAAAAAUAGGCUUUCGGUAAACAAAGAAAAGGGAUUUUUUGAUAAACAAUCUGAGCUUCCCCCUUCCGCUAACAGAGAACACACAUCUCCCCAGUCUUUUACAACCGAAACUAAAAUUGAUUCAAAUGUAGCAAACGUCCCCAAAUUAGGAUCAACGCCUUUUCAUGAAUCAUUAGAAGAAGAUGUUCCAGACGAUUUAAGUCGUUGUUGCUCUACGAGAGGACAAACUGAAAGUCCUCUGGGUUCUGUGAGAUCAAAAAGUCCUAUUACCGAUCAUGCUGAAGAUUCUUUUGAGGCUUACUCUGAAGUAGAGGAAUCAAAUGGUGAAUAUAGUGGUCAUGAAAUGGUUGAAGAAUUGUGUGAUGAAGGCCGUUUUCGGUGCCAAAUUGGCACUGCCACCUGCUCAAGAGAAGCCGAGUCACCAGAUGAUUCACUUGAAGACAAGGGCAAAUUAAGUCCUUCUUCUUUAAGCAAUUCAUCAAAACUGUCUUUGACAGAUCUUAAUCAUGAAACAGAAAAAAGUCACACACAGAAUUCCGAAGAUGCUGAAAAGCCAACUGCAGGUCACCCCCUUCGAGAACUUCAAAAAUUGUUGGAUAAAACAGACGUUAAGGUUUCACGUUCCAGUGUCCAGACGCCACCAGGAUCCAUUUUGGCUUUUAGUUGGGCAUGCAGUGACGCCACAACAUCAGACUCCUUAAUGAAGUGUGCCUUUUGUGACACUCAUUUCAUUUCUAAAGGUGCUUACAGACACCAUUUAAGUAAAAUGCACUUUGUGAAAGAGUCAAAUAUCCUCGACAAUUCCACUUUGAAAGCUUCUUCGCCCUCUGGUGGAAAAUUAGCAAAUGAACCUAAUUCAGUGACGAAAGAAUCGCCACCACUUACAGGAAUAGCUGCGGAAGAAAGUCCUCAUUCGAAGUUCUUAAAAUACACUGAACUAGCUAAACAGUUAUCUAGUAAAUAUGUGUGACGUGAAGGCUUGUCAUUCCUCCUGUAAAUAGAACCAUGUUCAAAAAUAUUUAAAUUAUAUAAAUACGUAAUGUAAACGUUUGGGGGUUUUCCAGUUCCUUGAAACUGCUAAUAUGGUAGUAUUUCGUUAAAUCGUCUUUUGGACAUAUAUUUAUGAUGAUAUGCUUUUCAAACCUCUCUUAUUCUUUGUUCUCUUUAUUCUUUUAUAAAAUAUGUACAAAAACUAACUCAAUUUAAGCUUCACUAAAGUUUCUUGGGAAGUACACUCAAACUUUUCUAAUUUUUUUUUGUAAAUUUAUGGAGCUAUGUUGCCGAUAUUUUUCUGAUAAAAGCAUUUUCAAGGGGUAUUUUACGUAUUUUGAUUUUAGAAAAAGAGAUAUUGUUUUAUAAGUCGGUGAAUUAGUUGUUAAGGCAAAAACAUUUAGAAACCUAAAUUGAGCGAUGGUGUUAAUAAUAACAAGUUGAUUGUUGGUAGUUUUCUGCAAUACGUUGUUGAAGCGAAACUUAACAAAUGUUUGAGGAAUUUUCCAAAAUAAAUUUUUACUUGAACUCAGGUGUACUGAAUAUAGUGUUAAAAGUAAUUCAGUAUUGUAUUCAGUGUGUAUGAGAAUUUAAACAAUUGUUUGAAGCCUUAAAGAAGGUUCCAUUUUUAGUUGACAUGUUACGCAUAUUCAGAAGUCAAUUAUAUCGGCUUCUCAGGAAAUUCAAACAGGCUCAAUUACUGUGAAUAGAUGUAAUUUCUUCCCAUCAAGCCAAAUACUGUGCCUUUCUUUACCCUUAUGGUUAAUCAGUGGAAAUUAGCAUAACUUCCAUAAUAAUAAUAAUAAUAAAAAUAUAACAAAUAAAAUAUAAAUUUAUUUCUUUUUCACCUUCUUUAUAAAUUGUGAAGAACAAAGGCUGAAAGUAUGCAUGUUAAUUUCUGAAUAAACGAAUCUGGUAUUCAAUAUUAAAAUAUUUAUGUUAAAUAACAGUUGUUACUAGUCAACAGAGGUUUUAUUCGUAAACUUUAUCAUGUUUCAUUUAUUUUGGAUUGCUCUUAAACACAUUUGCAACUUAUGUUGUUAUUGUUUUGAAAGUCCAAACAGUUCUUGUCAAAUUUUACGUAGUUUGUUGAGAGUUGUCAAAAUUGUCAGCCACUUAGUAACAAGUACAAUAUCGCACGUACUGUAAAAUAGAAUAAGUACUUACUCCUACUGAAUCAUGUCAGAAAACCGUGUGACGUCAGUGAUGCAUAUUGUUUCAUCAUAUAUUAGUUUCUGUAUUGUAAGAGAUAAAAGCUUUAGAACCAGUCCAUCAAAAUAUAUACCAGUAGGUCGAAUGUUAAAGCUACCGUUGUGUUUUACCCACUUGCUGAAGGAAAAAGAAUUUCGUCUAUUGAUUACUGCUUUUCUAUACAGAUACAAGCAUUCUUGCCUGUAUGAUAAUAAACAAUAAAUAUAAGGAUAGGUAAAGAAAAUAAGGAAGAUUUUGUUUUCAUAAUAUUGAAUAGCAAAUGUAUGUUCAGGUGCCGCGUCGGAAUUUAAAAAUUUUCGAAUUUUCCAGAUUGUUCGACGUUAGAAUCAGAAAUUAACAUAGGUUUUCAAUUUUAUAUAUUUUGUUUGUUUGUUGUUUUUUAAUAUUAUGUAAGUUCUGAUAAAUUCGCAUUUUGUGUCUAGGGUUCCUUCAUUCCUAAUAACCAUAUCUA